AUGAUUAUGAGGGGAAACCAGAAGGGAAAUGCUGUUGAGUAUCAGCUUUGCGCUUGGCAUAAUUCUACGUCCAGGCAGCUGAAACACAACAAUUCCUUCCUAUAUUCUCUUCUUCCACAAAUCCAUACUUCAACAUUUUGCUUUCUUCAUCGGUUUAAUCAUCUGAUAUCUGAAGUUCACGUACUGAUCCAUCAAAAGAUCAUUACAAAAGUAGCAAUCGUGGAUCGAAGGUAUGGGAAGAGGCCCUUUUCAUCCAAUGAAUCGGAGGAGAAAGAGGAUAUUAAUGAAUCUAUUUUCCCUAUUUAUUCAGCUCGAUCUCAACAUGACAUGUCUGCUAUGGUUUCUGUUCUCUCUCAAGUUAUUGGCAACACAAAUAAUAGUAAUAAUACUACGAAUAUCUCUUCGUCAUCGUCCGUGCAUGGAAUUAAUCCAUUAACCCUACCUCAAUCAACAACAAAUCAAAUUCAAGAACAAGGGAACGAACAAAGAAAACGACAUUAUAGAGGAGUGCGACAAAGACCAUGGGGAAAAUGGGCUGCUGAAAUACGCGAUCCAAAGAAGGCUGCACGAGUAUGGCUAGGGACAUUUGAUACUGCUGAAGCCGCGGCACUUGCUUAUGAUGAAGCGGCACUUAGAUUCAAAGGCAACAAAGCUAAACUCAAUUUUCCUGAAAGAGUUCAAUCAGGAAAUACUCAAUAUCUUACUACAACUCAUCAACAACAACAACAACACUACACAUUUAAUAAUAAUAAUAAUAAUAAUAUUCCUCAGAUGGUCACUCAGCCUAAUUUGUAUCAACAACAUUUCCCUAAUGUUCAUCACUAUGCACAAUUACUUCGCGAUGGAAGCAACAAUAAUAUUGAUCAUAUGAUGAAUUUUGGAGUUUCAGAUCAAUCAAGUUUUUAUCAUCAUCAUCAACAAUCAUCAUCGGGAGGUAAUUUUAUUGCACCGAAUACGUCGUUGGAAUUACAACAACAACAACAACAACAACAAGCAAGUUAUUAUCAUAAUCAAGAAGAAGAUUUUCUAAGAUUUACAAUGGAUUUUGGGAAUUCUUCAAGUUAUAGUACUGGACCACCUAGUGAAAGUAAUUGGAUGGAUUUUGAACCUAAAAAGUAAUUUAUUUAUCUUUUAAUUUGGUCAUGUGAAGACAUGAAGGUAUGAUCUUGAGGAUGCCUCUUAAGUCUCUAGUAUGAUUGAUGUAAGCUUUUUAUUUAUUUGUUUAUUUCUAGUUAUUAAUAUUAUGUAAAAUGCUGGGAUUUUCUUUCAAUGAGUUGUAAUAUCAUGAAUCUAUAUGAAAAAUG